AUGAAUCCGAUCGCUGUGGUCGUCACGUUCUGUAUUUUAUUCUCACUAGCGGAGAAAUGUCCACCUGACCUUCAUUAUGACUAUAAAAAGUACGCAGAUUUUGAAAAAUCCGACAAAAAGGUUAUUAAGCAACACCUCGGCAAGAAUUUUACCAAAGGUGAUCUAUUCCUCCAAUUUCAAGUGGAUCUAGACCCCGAUUGGAUACGGACCAAAAUUUCUAGGCCUACUGUCGUUUUUCCCAGAGACGCGGACAAGAAGCCCUUCUUCUAUAUAUAUUAUCCCUGGAAAUCAGGCACCAGUGAGCAAUUUGACCUAAUGUCUGCGGCAGAAUUCAUCGACUUUUUAUACCAGUGUUAA